AUGGCUUCUCGUUCCUUAUUCCAGUCCCCUUCUGGGUCCUCCUACUCUCUAUAUACGAUCCUGUGGAUAUUCUUCCUUUCUCUUUCAGCCGUGGCCAAUGCGCUGGCGUAUCCGCCCCAGAAGCCGCUCGCAGAGACACGGCCAGUCGACGAGAACCUAUUGAACUCCCUCGAUGAUCUCUCAGAUGAUGCCAGUCCCAGGGACAGCAAUGCGACUCCCGUCGAGACGCUGCAAGACCUUCUCAGCGCGCUACGUGGUAUGCAAGACCACUACUUCGUGAUGUGGAUGGGAACUUGGCCGAGCAGCAUUGACUGGACCGCUGCGGUGUUGGGAACCCACGUUGUCGCCACUUUGUCGUCUUAUACCUCCUCCAAGCUCGAUCUUGUCGACCCCACAGAGUCGCACCAAUCAGUCGCGCUUGCAGUCGAGAACACUGUCAAUCAAUUCUUCACCCAAAUGAAUACCUUUUAUUUUGGAGAGAAUGCUUUCAGUCUGAGAAACCAGGCUUACGACGAUAUGCUUUGGGUCGUACUAGACUGGCUGGAAAAUGUCAAGUUCCAGGACCUGCACACGGAUCUUCACUUUCCUCCUGCACAUCGAGCACGAAUCUUCUACGAGCUGGCCUCGGCCGGGUGGGACAAGACUCUUUGCGGUGGGGGGAUGAUUUGGAACCCGGUUUUGAUCCCCUAUAAAAACGCCAUUACGAACGAGCUUUAUAUAUCGGCAAGCAUUGCCAUGUACCUAUACUUCCCAGGGGACCCCAUUGACUCUCCGUUCAUUACCAACGCGCAAGCCAAUGGAACCUAUCCACACAACCCUGCCCACCUCAAGGCAGCAGUCGAUGCUUAUGCGUGGCUCAAGAACUCCAACAUGACUGGUGCCGGUGGGCUAUAUGCAGACGGGUACCACAUCAGCGGCUGGCGAAGUGCCUCUGACCCAGGAACGGGAAAGUGUGACGAGCUCAACAAAAUGGUAUAUACCUACAACCAAGGAGUCGUUCUCAGCGGGCUGAGAGGACUCUGGAUCGGAACAGGUGACCAGAGCUACCUUCGCGACGGCCAUGAGCUUAUCCACAAGGUUCUCCGUGCUACAGGUUGGCCGCAAACAUCUUCAAAGAAAUGGGCUGGUCUUGGACGUGGCGGUGUGCUGGAAGAAGCGUGCGACUCAUAUUCCAGCUGCUCCCAAAACGGACAGACCUUCAAGGGCAUUUUCUUCCACCACCUGGCUGAGUUCUGUCGGCCACUCCGCCCACAAGAAGAGCGCUUCCUAGUGGCUGAGAAACGCCAGCCAAUUGCGGACGAGAGCUGGGAGAAUGUCUACACCCGUCAUCUCAAACGUUGCCGUACCUAUGGGCCCUGGAUCGAACACAAUGCUCGCGCUGCACUGAUCACUCGCGAUGACGAUGGGAAAUUUGGUACUUGGUGGGGAAUUGAAUUCCAGCAGCCACCCUCCGUUGCCUCUGCGGAGACUGUAAAUAGUAGUACUUUGCCGGCUGGGGCUGUGGACUACCGCAAUGUCGAGUUUGAGACUGAUGCCUCUACAUUUGACGGCGUGCCACGGGACUUCAAUGAUCGUGGACGGGGUCGCACAGUUGAGACACAGUCUGGUGGAAUUGCAGUGCUGAGGGCUCUGUAUCAGUGGCAGACCUCUGAUUUCCUUUCAUGA